AUGAUUACUUUCGGCUAUUGGAACAUUAGAGGCUUUGGCUAACCUAUCCGCUUCUUGCUUGCUUAUUUAGGAGUGAAAUACACCAAUAAAACUUAUGCCUCUCUUGAAGAAUGGUUUGGAAAUGACAAAGACAAUCUUGGUUUAGAAUUCCCUAAUCUUCCAUAUUUAAUUGAUGGAGAUGUUAAGCUCAUUGAGUCUUUCGCUAUUCCUGUCUACUUAAUUAAGAAGUACAAAUAAUUCUAACUUUUAGGAUUAUAAGCUGAUGGAUCUAGCACCAAUAAAGAAGUAAAAGUCACUCAGUUAAUGGGAGUUAUCAGAGAUAUAGCAAAAGAAAUCAAUUUAACUUGCUUCAGACCUGAUUUCUAUGAAGUAAAAGAGAAGGUUUAUACAGAAAAAGUUGAGUAUAUGUUUAAAAAACUUACAAAUUUUUUAGGAAACAAGUUAUUUUUGUUGGAGAGAUUGACUUAUGCAGAUUUUCAUUUCUAUGAGUUGGUUAACCGUGUAUAAUACAUAUACCCUUAAGCAAUGACUGCAGCCCUAACUGCUUAUUUAAAAAGAUUUGAAAACUUGCCUGGCAUCAAAGAAUAUAUAGCAAAUCCAAAUAUUAACCUUAAGGCUCACUUACCUGGUUUUAUGGCAACUUGGACUGGCCCUUAAUGA